AUGAGUGAUUUCCCAAAAUCAAGUUCCUCCAGGGGUAGUAGAGCAGGACCAAGUCAACCACCACCAGCAUCAGCAAGUCAACCACCUCAACCACCACCAGCAGCAGCAGCCCAACCACCUCCACCACCACCACCACCAGCUGCAAGGCCUGUCCCAAGAAGGGCCCCAAUUGGUAGAAGUGGACGAAGGCAAUAUUCUGAAAGGAUUGUCAAAAUGGCAUUGAAGAGAAAGAUAUCUGGGGUUGGGAGCAGUGCAGAGAACCCUGCAGUCAUUGAUUAA